GCGCAAGGUACUCCUCAAGUUUUCUUGGCGCAUUCGAACCAAAUAGCAUAACUGAAUACUGAAUACUACAAGUUGCAGUCCAAGCGUAGCCUGUAGGCAGAGCAAGCGCAAGAAACUUAACUGAAUCUUAAUCACAAACAAAAUCUACAACUAUAUAUGUGUUGACUUGAAAGUCCUAAGACAUUUUAAAGACCCAAAAGUAAAAGUGCUUAACAAAUAAAUACAAAAUAUAAAUAAAAGCCAGCAGCAAAAGAAACCAAAAUGUGCGCCGCGUUGCGUCGUAAUUUGUUGCUGCGUAGCCUUUGGGCCGCCAUUGUGCUCAUUGGCACCGUGCAGGCCGCCUCGCCGCGCUGGGAGCCACAGAUCGCCGUUCUAUGUGAGGCUGGGCAAACCUAUCAGCCGCAAUAUCUGUCGGAGGAGGGACGCUGGGUAACGGACCUGGCCAAGAAGACAUCGGGCGCCACAUGUUUGCGUGAUAAAAUGGAUUUGCUUGAUUACUGCAAGAAGGCCUAUCCGAAUCGAGACAUUACCAACAUUGUGGAAUCAUCGCAUUAUCAGAAAAUUGGCGGCUGGUGUCGCCAGGGCGCAUUGAACGCAGCCAAAUGCAAGGGCGCUCAUCGCUGGAUCAAGCCGUUCCGCUGCCUGGAAGGACCAUUCCAAUCGGACGCACUGCUGGUGCCCGAGGGCUGUCUCUUUGAUCAUAUUCACAACGCCUCGCGUUGCUGGCCAUUCGUGCGAUGGAAUCAAACGGGCGCCGCCGCUUGCCAGGAGCGCGGCAUGCAGAUGCGCAGCUUCGCCAUGUUGCUGCCCUGCGGCAUUUCGCUGUUCUCGGGCGUUGAGUUUGUCUGCUGCCCCAAGCACUUCAAGACCGAUGAGAUACGCGUGAAGAAAACCGAUUUGCCAGUUAUGCCGCCAGCGCAGCUGAACAGCGCGGCCAACGAUGAGCUGAAUGUGAAUGUCAAUGAGGAGGAUGACGAAAGCAAUGAGAGCAACUACUCGAAGGACGCCGAUGCCAAUGAGGAUGAGCUGGACGAUGAGGACGACCUAAUGGGCGACGAUGAGGAGGAUGAAAUGGUAGCCGACGAGUCUGCAACUGCAACUGGCAAUGGCAAUGGCAAUGGCGCGGCAGGCAAUGGCGACGCCAGCAGCGGCUCGCUGGACGACAUCAAUGCUGAGUACGAGAGCGCCGAAGAGGGCGACAACUAUGAGGAGGACGGUGCUGGGUCGGACAGCGAUGUUGCUGGCAUUGCCGACUCCUGGGAUCAGAAUGGCAGCUCCAGUGGCGUCAAGCCACCAACUGGGCAACUUAAAGCCGCCGGCAUGAGCUCCUCACCCGCCAGUCCAACUGAUCAGGCCGCCAAGCCCGUUGCACCCAAGCCCGAGCUGGCAACCAGCACGCCACAAUUGUCUGCAGCUGCUGCUGCUGCUGCUGCCGCCGCUGCUGCCGCUGCCGCCGCCGCUGCUGCAGUUGCACCGCCCUCGUCGACCGCACAGCCCACUUCGGAUCCCUACUUCACACACUUUGAUCCCCACUACGAGCAUCAGAGCUACAAAGUAAGUCAGAAAGAAGCCCAACAGCGCCUUGAGGAAUCGCAUCGCGAGAAGGUGACGCGCAUCAUGAAGGACUGGUCCGACUUGGAGGAGAAGUAUCAGGACAUGCGUUUGGCCGAUCCCAAGGCAGCGCAAAGUUUCAAGCAACGCAUGACGGCUCGCUUCCAGACUUAUGUUCAGGCACUCGAGGAGGAAGGCAAUGCCGAGAAGCACCAACUGGCUGCGAUGCAUCAGCAGCGCGUGCUGGCCCACAUCAACCAGCGCAAGCGAGAGGCCAUGACCUGCUACACUCAGGCGCUAACCGAGCAGCCACCGAACGCCCAUCAUGUGGAGAAGUGUCUGCAGAAGUUGCUGCGUGCGCUGCACAAGGAUCGCGCCCAUGCUCUGGCUCAUUAUCGCCAUCUGUUGAACUCUGGCGGACCGGGUGGCUUGGAGGCGGCCGCUUCGGAGCGUCCACGCACGCUGGAGCGUUUAAUUGACAUCGAUCGUGCUGUUAACCAGUCGAUGACCAUGCUCAAGCGCUAUCCGGAGCUGUCGGCUAAGAUUGCGCAACUGAUGAACGAUUAUAUAUUGGCACUGCGCAGCAAGGACGACAUUCCCGGCUCUUCGCUGGGCAUGAGCGAGGAGGCCGAGGCUGGCAUUUUGGACAAGUAUCGCAUUGAGAUUGAGCGCAAGGUGGCCGAGAAGGAGCGUCUACGUUUGGCCGAGAAGCAGCGCAAGGAGCAGCGUGCCGCCGAGCGUGAAAAGUUGCGCGAGGAGAAGUUGCGCCUGGAGGCCAAGAAGGUGGACGAUAUGCUUAAGUCGCAGGCGGCCGAGCAGCAGCAGCAGCAGCAGCAGCAGCAGCAACAACAACAGUCGGAGUCUCAACCCCAGCAGCAAAUCCAGCAACAGCAGCAGCCGCAGCAGCAGGACAAGGGCAAGGAGCAGAGCAUGGAGUUGGGCGCUGGUCUGGUAACCGCAGCCAAUCUGAACUUUGACACUACCAAGAGCGAGAAGGAGCUGGCCGAUGCUGAGUAUGCCGAGGCUACAGUCAGCACCAAGGUACAGACUGUGUUGCCAACGGUCGAUGAUGAUGCAGUGCAGCGCGCGGUGGAGGAUGUCGCUGCCGCCGUGGCCCAUCAGGAGGCCGAGCCGCAGGUGCAGCACUUUAUGACCCACGAUCUGGGACAUCGCGAAUCGAGCUUCUCCCUACGUCGCGAAUUUGCGCACGCGCAUGCCACCAAGGAGGGACGCAAUGUGUACUUCACUCUCUCCUUUGCUGGCAUCGCCCUAAUGGCAGCCGUUUUCGUGGGCGUGGCCGUGGCCAAAUGGCGAACAUCACGCUCGCCACACGCGCAAGGCUUCAUUGAGGUGGAUCAGAAUGUGACCACCCACCAUCCCAUCGUGCAGGAGGAGAAAGUCGUGCCCAAUAUGCAAAUCAAUGGGUACGAGAAUCCAACUUACAAAUAUUUCGAAGUGAAAGAGUAAAGCGUCAAGCGUAAAAUAAAAUUAAUAAAUAAUAAUAAAAGAGAAAACCAAAAGCAAGUAAACAUAAUAAAGCGAAAUUCUACACAAAAUGCUUGCAACAAAAAAUGCCGCAAGCAACAGCAGCCAAGGCACAUCAAUAACAAAUAAUAAAAUGAAAUGAAAA